AGGAGCAUUACUUCACUGGAAUGAUGCUGAAGAAGUCACGAAUCACACUCCUGGACAGUGAAAUAAUCUCAUAUCCAGACUCUCAGAUGCUGCGUAACCUGCUUAUCGCUCAGGUGCUGUUCAAAGGCCAGAAGCUUCACCUGAUGACGUCUCACUUGGAGAGCUGCCAGGAAAAUGCAGUGGAGCGGAUGAGACAGCUGCGACUGGUGAUGAAGAGGAUGACAGAUGCGCCUGAUGAUGUCAUUGUGCUGUUUGGAGGAGACACCAACCUCAUGGAUUGUGAGGUGGCUGAAGUGGGCCUUCCCAGCAGUGUGAGUGAUGUGUGGGAGCAGCUGGGAGAGCAGGAGGCCUGCCGCUACACAUGGGACACCCAGACCAACACCAACAAAGGGAUCCGAUCCAAGUGUCGCUUCCGUUUCGACCGGCUCUACCUGCGCCAGGCGAGCAGCGACGGGGCUCUGCAGCUGGACCCCGACCACAUGUCCUUAACAGGGAUGGAGAUGCUCGACUGUGGCCGUUACACCAGUGAUCACUGGGGAAUAUACUGCACCUUCUCUGCUGUGUGCUGAUCUAUCUGUGUUUCUCUCAUUUAUAUAUUUGUAUAAAGCUGUGAGAGAAAUCAGAGUGUUUUAAA